AUGUGUAAAGUGAUAGCUUAUGCUUCUAGGCAACAUAAGGUGCAUAAGAAGAAUUACCCAACUCAUGAUUUGGAGAAGGCGACAGUGUGUUUCCCAUAUCGCUUAGUUCAGGAUGUGCAUGGAUUAGCCUAUUGGGGUGUUUGGUUGAUUGACUCAGAGGAUGGUGGUGUUAUUGUGCAGAAUAGUUCUAAAUUAUCUCUUGUGGUAGAUGUAAAAGAAAAGAAAGAUGGUGAUUCAACUUUAGUUGAAUUGAAGAAAGCGAUUGCCAAAAAAUCCAUUGAGGCUUUUGUCCCAAGGGAGAAUGGUGUUUUAAGAUAUCAAGGCCAAUUGUGUAUGCCAAAUGUUGUUGGCUUGAAAGUUAUGAUAUUGUCUGAAGCUCAUAGUUUGUGA